GUUUCUGUGAAGAAGUAGGGAGCGAAAUGUGCCAGAAACAAAAAGAGUGCAGUUUCAAUCCAGAUUCCGCGACAUUCUUAUGCGGUUGCCCCUUCGGCUACAGUCGCACUUCUGCUGGCGUAUGCAUUCCACUUUUAGCACCGCCAUUUAAUGGAGACUGUGCGGAUUUACAGCGGCGCUAUCACUUGGCAGGCUCGGGCUUAUACAGCCUUCAGGACUGGAGCUGUUCGAAACCAGAGAACUGCACAUUUCCUGCAUACUGCGAAAUGAAGCUACUCGGCGGUGGAUGG